CGACGUAGAUCAUUUUAUGUGAUAUACACACCGUUAUUGCACAAAAUUUGUUUAUUACUCAUCUCCAUUGGUGCAGGAGCGACCAGCCAAUACGUAAUAGUUUCGAGAAGAACGUUUAUAGAUUAACCUCGUGCUUGUGAGAACGAAAAGUAGAAGCUGAGACUGGGGUUAUUUAUUGGAAUGUUGUCUUCUGGCCGGUGAUGUGUUAUGCGGCGGCAAUAAAGAUAGAAACUACGAAAUUUCAUUAUAUUACGUGAUAACCGAACGACACGAUAGAAAAUGGCUCAUCAGCUGUUAUUGUCAGCUACUAAAUUGGAAAGAUUCAUAUUCAAAUCCGUAUACAAAAAUGCCGACACAUUUCAGUUACGUCGAUACUUGUCAUUAAUUAAGAAUGGCAAUGAAACUACUGUGCUUGCACAGUUACAAAGACAGUGGAGAUUACUGUGCGAUCAACCACCAAAGGGAUUCGAAAAGUAUUAUAGAGGAAAUGCCAAAAAUUCCGCUAAAACUAAUGAAAAAAGUAAUGAAGAACCGGCCAAAGAGGCAGCCAAACCAAGAGUCAACCAAUCGAAACACGAAUCAUCUAGUUCUCCACCUGGAAACAAAGUUGGUUUUGACUGGAAGUUUCUGGGCCGUCUGUCGGGGCCAGGAGGAAAGAAACCUUUUAAUGAGACAUCGAAUGAAAAAACAAUGUACAUAGUUGGUUUAUUGCUUGUAGUAGCUGCUUUUGCGUAUCUUCAGGGCUUAGCAAAUUCUGCAGUGGAAAUCACAUGGAGGGAGUUUAUGUCACAAUGUUUAAACAAAGGAAUUGUAGACAAAUUAGAAGUUGUCAAUAAACAGUGGGUCCGUGUGAAACUGUUACCUGGUCAUAAUUUACAUGAAUCAGACACGUUGUGGUUCAACAUUGGAAGUACUGAAACGUUUGAGAGAAACUUAGAAAAUGCACAGAUAGAAUUAAACAUAGAACCACAAAAUUAUUUAUUGGUAGUUUACAAAGAUGAAAUCCAACUGUAUCAUAUUUUGAAACUUAUGCCACAGAUACUGAUGUGGGGGUUCUUCCUGUACAUAAUGCGAAAAUCAAUGCAAAGUUUGGGUGGUGGAGGUAAAAAGGGUGGGUUGUUUGGUUCUGUAAUGGAAUCGACUGCGAAAUUAAUUAAUUCCAAGGAUAUCGGUGUUCGAUUUAAGGAUGUUGCUGGAUGCGAGGAAGCGAAAAUUGAAAUAAUGGAAUUUGUAAAUUUUUUAAAACAUCCUCAACAGUACAUAGAUCUGGGUGCUAAGAUUCCCAAGGGCGCGAUGUUGACGGGCCCCCCUGGUACUGGUAAAACGUUAUUGGCUAAAGCCACAGCCGGAGAAGCGAAUGUUCCUUUCAUCACAGUGUCAGGAUCAGAGUUUUUGGAAAUGUUCGUCGGUGUUGGUCCUUCGAGAGUUCGAGACAUGUUUUCCAUGGCUCGAAAGCAUGCUCCUUGUAUAUUAUUUAUCGAUGAAAUUGAUGCUGUCGGUAGGAAAAGAGGGGGACGCAAUUUCGGCGGACAUUCUGAACAAGAGAAUACAUUGAAUCAACUUUUGGUUGAAAUGGAUGGAUUCAAUACAACAACCAAUGUAGUCGUACUAGCAGCGACCAAUAGAAUAGAUAUUUUGGACAAAGCAUUGCUCCGACCUGGACGAUUCGAUAGACAAAUCUUCGUUCCUGCUCCAGACAUUAAAGGGCGAGCUUCUAUUUUCAAAGUGCAUUUAGGACCUCUGAAAACAACAAUAGAUAAAGACCAGUUAGCUAGAAAAAUGGCUUCCUUGACGCCUGGUUUCACAGGGGCUGACAUUGCUAAUGUGUGCAAUGAAGCGGCUUUAAUAGCAGCAAGAGACAUGAACGAUAAUAUUCAUCUAAAACAUUUUGAACAGGCUAUUGAAAGAGUUGUCGCCGGUAUGGAGAAGAAGACAAAUGUUUUGCAACCCGAGGAGAAAAAGACAGUUGCGUAUCACGAAGCUGGCCAUGCGGUAGCAGGCUGGUUUUUGGAGCACGCGGAUCCACUUUUGAAGGUGUCCAUAAUUCCGCGUGGAAAAGGUUUAGGUUAUGCCCAAUAUUUACCACGGGAACAGUAUCUUUACACAAAAGAACAAUUGUUUGAUAGAAUGUGUAUGACGCUCGGUGGACGAGUGUCUGAGGAAAUAUUCUUCGGUCGUAUAACAACAGGAGCGAAAGAUGAUUUACAGAAGAUAACUGCAAGUGCGUACGCCCAAGUUAUUCAAUACGGUAUGAAUGAAAAAGUCGGCAACGUUAGUUUCCAAAUGCCUCAGCCAGGUGAAAUGACUUUCGACAAACCAUACUCUGAACACACUGCACAGCUAAUCGACAGUGAAGUACGGGAAUUAAUAGAGAAAGCGCAUAUUCGAACGCAUGUUUUGCUCACGGAGCACAAGGAAAACGUGAUGAAGGUGGCUGAAAGAUUACUGAAACAAGAAAUCUUAAGCAGAGACGACAUGAUAGAAUUACUCGGACAAAGACCGUUCCGCGAGAAAUCUACUUACGAAGAAUUUGUCGAGGGCACUGGCUCGUUCGAAGAAGACACCAGCUUGCCGAAAGGAUUGCAGGAUUGGAACAAAACGGUAGAUGCCGAGAAAAAGAAUGAAGUAACGACUCCGCCGUCGGAGGCGGCCGCGGCUAACGCUCCGAAGGAUCAACCGCAACAGCGAUUAUAAUUAUACAGUUUAGAUUAUAGUCUGCUAAGUACUUUGUAUUAUAGUUUGAAAUAUAUAACUACAUUAAGUAACAA